GCCGCCAGGCCCCCGCGGCCACCAUGAAGAAGAAGGUGUGCUCCGUGGCCUUCCUCAAGGCCGUGUUUGCUGAGUUCCUGGCCACCCUCAUCUUCGUCUUCUUUGGCCUCGGCUCGGCCCUCAAGUGGCCGUCGGCGCUGCCCAGCAUCCUGCAGAUCUCGCUGGCCUUUGGCCUGGCCAUAGGCACCCUGGCCCAGGCCCUAGGGCCCGUGAGCGGCGGCCACAUCAACCCUGCCAUCACGCUGGCCCUCCUGGUGGGCAACCAGAUCUCCCUGCUCCGGGCGGUCUUCUACGUGGUGGCUCAGCUGGUGGGCGCCGUUGCUGGGGCGGGCAUCCUCUAUGGGCUGGUACCGCCCAAGGCCCGAGGCAAUCUGGCCGUCAACGCGGUGAGUGCCCAAGGGGCUGGGGUGGGAUAGGGACCUUGAAGUGGGCUCCUGACCAGAUCCCCUGUCAAAGACGGGUGCCACAGAAUGGGCCAGUGUGGUCAGGAAGGUCAGAAAGAUGACUCUCCAGGCUGGGGUGUGCCCCUGCUAGCGCCCCUGGUUCGUACCCACCUCCGCUGCCCACUCCCCUCCUGCUGCGCUUCCUGGCCUCUCUCCUGGUGCCUA